GACGUGCAAGUUGUCAGAGAGUAUGGGGCUGGAUGGGGUUGACCGGAUGAUUCAAACUGAUGUCAAACUAUAAGAGGGGAGAGUUCAAUUCAUUAAGAGAGAAUUCCCCACAGUAGAGGAGAACUGGUGUGGGGAGAUUGUGCUCACCUCUGAGCCAUACCUGAAAAAUGGGGGACUGGUCCUUUCUUGCUUCCCUGUUGGACAAAGUACAAUCCCAUUCUACAGUUGUUGGGAAGGUUUGGCUGACAGUCCUGUUUGUGUUCAGACUGCUGGUUCUGUUGGCAGGGAUAGAAAAAGUAUGGGGGGAUGAGCAAUCACGUCUGGUCUGCAACACACUGUCACCAGGUUGUAAGAAUCUGUGCUACGACCGGGCUUUCCCCAUCUCCCACAUCCGCUUCUGGGUCCUUCAGAUCAUCUUCGUCUCCGUCCCAACUCUGGUUUACUUGGCACACGUCAUGCACGUCAUCCACAAGGAGAACAAACUGAGAAGACAACAAUCAAAAGGAAAGAAUGGAAUCGUGAAAAUGCCCAAAUACACUGAUGACAAUGGCAAAGUUCACAUAAAGGGGACCUUGCUUGUCAGUUACAUGUCCAAUGUGUUUUUUAAGAUUCUAUUUGAGGUUGGAUUUAUAGUGGGCCAGUAUUACCUGUAUGGCUUUGUCUUGCCCAGUAAGAUUAAAUGCAGUGGAUACCCAUGUAAGGGAGACCAUGUAGAGUGCUUCAUAUCACGGCCCACUGAGAAGACUAUCUUUAUCAUCUUCAUGCUGGUGAUGGCCUGUGUGUCUCUGCUGCUCAAUGUGGUGGAGAUGUUCCACCUGAUUGGAUCAAAGGUUAGGCAGGGAUGUAACAGACAACCUCCUGUAGCUGAGAGGUAUGCACUCCAUGAUAAACACAAGCAGUUUGAUAAAGAGUCAUUCUGCUGAAUAUUCAGUUGAAUCACUGUCUAUCUUAAUUUGUUUUCUCAUGUACAGUGUGGCGAGAGCCAUUGACCUCACAAUUAUAACAAGAAAUCCCCAAUACAAUAUGUUGUUGUUUUUACUGCUGCUCUCUGACUCUGUUGUGUGAAAUUGAUUGAAUGUACUGCCUAUAUGUUUAAUGUGCAGUAAAAACUGGGAUGUUCUAACAAAU